GGCGUCACCACGUUCAGUUUGAUCGGAGGGGCGGAGAGGAACGCAAACAGUUAGUAUCAGACUAUCACAGAGGGUGGUAUCGCACAAGUACUCGCGUCGUUACUCGCGUGUACCUAAUGUGUAUGUUUCUCGAAUAGCUGUCUCCGGCUUUUGAAAACCCGGGCGGACUGGCGUAUGGAUAUAUUAAUGGCUCGAUCUGGUCGUUGAGAAACGAGAGAAAAAGCUUUCUCGCUUAUUGUAACACCAUCAUCAUCAUCAUCGUCAUUUAUCAUCGAGUAUAUACGUCGCGGCACCGUCGAAUCAACGUCGCGGUAAAAAAACGUGAAUCAACAAUUUAAAUCAUUUGGCCGAUCGAUAAAAGCCUUGGCGAUCAAUUUCUUCUAUAUGGAAGUGCACAAGAGAGAAGCGGCGUAGCUGCGGCACACAUCAGCUUUUGGAGCGGUGCUUUCUGACGUGCGAGUUCGUCUCCAACUGUCCGAGUUUUUCUACCAGUCGGGGGGCGGAACGUCAGUUAGAGUCAUGUGCGAAUUAUGUGGGAAUUCGCUGCGAAUCUCACGGAUUUAAAACUUGACAAGCUUGAGAGAGAGCGUUUUCGUAAUUGUGACCGGCGUGGGUCCCCCCGAUGAACGUUCGGAGUUAAAAAUUGCGCGUACACGCGUAUGCAUAUAUAAUCCACCACCAUCAAGUUUCAACACGGACUGACAGUUGCGAGUAAAAGAAAAAAAUUUCUUGACGAGAACACUUGUCCGGUAGACUUGCGAGAUUUGUUGUUUGGGUUCGACGGAUUAUGGACUCGCGCGAUAAUUUUGGCGCGUUUUCGUUACGGUCGUAGCUCGCGAUCGUUUCUUUCCCAACCGCCCCAGCUGUUUCCGCAAAUAUCGAGGAGUUUUGUGAUUCACUUACGUGAAUCACAAAACCAAGCGGCACGUUGUUUGUUAUCAAGCGGUGUUGUCGUUGUCAAGCAAGUAGCGCGCGCGGUGUCGGUGAAUAACGGACAACGCUUUGAGCGUCGUCGCUCGUUACGGCCUGAUGAACGGUUUUAGCACCGGCGAGGAGGACUCCCGGGGAGCGGCGGAUCAGAUCUGCUGUCUUGUUGACGACGGCGAGCGAUGUUCCCGCCCGGCCGGCAAUGCGUCCUACAGCAAGCGCAUUCAGAAGACGGUUACCCAGAGGCGACUCAAGCUGAAUCUCGAUCAUAUGGCACGGCAUAUCUAUAUCUGUGAUUAUCAUAAACAAGUAAUUCAGUGCGCGAGAACAAAACAGCAACAACAACGUAGACGCAAAGAUUCCGAAGAGGAUUCCGGUGAAACCGACAACGAUGUUCCAGAAGUCGAUCUUUUUCAAUUGCAAGUCGGUACUUUGAGGCGAUAUAAGAGGCAUUACAAAAUUUCCACGCGUCCUGGUAUCAACAAAGCCCAAUUAGCAGAUGCCCUCAUGAAGCACUUCAAGACCAUUCCUGUGGUGGAAAAGGAAGCUCUGAGUUUUUUCAUAUAUACUGUUAAAACCAACGCGAACAAGCUUGAUCAAAAGAACGGUUUAAGCAGUAGUGAUACAACGUAGCAUGGACGGAAAUCUCUCUGUAUAUUGCAGACAAGAACUCUGUAUUUACUGUUGUAAUUAACAAAAAACCAUUGCAAGUUAGUUUAUACAUGAUAAGUACAAUCGUCUAAUUUACGUGUGAAUACAUGUAUUUUAUAAGAAAAACUGUAUAAAAAAAAAUACGCAUAUAAUCUAUUAUAUAUCAUUAGUCAUGUAUGAAAAUGCAAUCACACAAAUGUGUGACUAAAAAAAACAUUUGUAACAUAUAUAUACAUGUAUAUUUCAACAUCAAAAAAAUCAUUUACUGUGCUUAAAUUUU